GCUAGGUGUCCGAGGCCCCGCCCCUUCGCGCGCUCCCGGUAUCUAAGCGGAAGAAGCGCAGAAGGAGCCGCUCUAUGCCGCACAGACGUUUGGACCGAAGCUCAACAUGCUGAUCAAAGAGUUCCGGAUCGUCCUGCCCGUCUCAGUCGAGGAGUACCAAGUGGGUCAGCUGUACACGGUAGCAGAGGCCAGUAAAAAUGAGACCGGAGGGGGUGAAGGUGUGGAGGUGCUGGUGAACGAGCCGUAUGAGCAGGAAGGGGAGAAAGGGCAAUACACCCAUAAGGUCUACCACCUGCAGAGCAAGGUGCCGCAGUUUAUCCGCAUGAUCGCCCCCAAAGGUUCCCUGGAGGUGCAUGAGAAGGCCUGGAACGCUUAUCCCUACUGCAAAACAGUCCUGACUAACACCUACAUGAAAAACGAUUUCAUGAUCAAGAUCGAGACCUGGCACAAGCCUGAUAUGGGGGAUCAGGAGAACGUUCAUAAGGUGGAGAACUGGGACUCAGUGGAGGUUAUUAAUAUUAACAUUGCUGAUAAUAAUGAGAUCUCUACAAAGGACUACAAGAAAGAGCAUGAUCCCUCCUUGUUCAAGUCAGAGAAAACGGGAAGAGGCCCUCUGGGGCCCGACUGGCAGAAGGAACUUGCUGCUGACAGCAAAUGUCCCAAAAUGUGUUGCUACAAGCUAGUCACCGUUGAAUUCAAAUGGAGGGGCCUCCAGAAAAAGAUGGAGGCCUUCAUUCAAAAGGUGGAGAAGCGUCUGUUUACCCACUUCCACAGGCAGCUGUUCUGCACCAUGGACGACUGGAUCAGGCUGACGAUGGACGACAUCCGGCGGAUGGAGGAGGAGACGAAAAAGCAGCUGGAUGAGAUGAGGAUGAGUGAAGAAGUCAAAGGAAUGGGUACUGAGUGACGUCUCAACCCCUGCGGUGCCGGAGGACCUGACCUCAUCCUGCAAUCUCAAGCUCCGCCCAUCAGGCUGACUGGGCUACACUGGACUCCUAGGCAUAACCAAGAAUACCCCCCCAUCUUUAUAAAGAUUUGCUCUUAAUAAGAGCUCGUUGUAAAGCAAUCGUGCAUUUUUAUGUACUUUGAUUAAAUCUGACUACGGCUGCUUUUAGUGUUUGUUUUUUAUUUUUUUUUAUUUUAGAGGCAAGUUUUGAGAUCUGCUUGUUGGAUAAAGUAUUCUUGUUUAUGCCUAUUCCUCAAACCUAUUAUAAUGUCAGAGAGAUGCUGCAGGUUCUUCUGGCAGGAACACUGCAAACUACUGUAAUCCUUAUCAGAUUUGUUUCUCUUGAUUUUUAAUAUUUUAUGGAUUUAUUGUUUACUUUCAACUCAAAGGCAAACUUUUCUAUCAGUUUUCUGUCAACAAAUGUAAAUUGUUUUGUUUCUUUUGUACUAUACCAGAGGAAAAUAUUUUCCUGGCAUGUUUACUGCUGUUAUUUCCUGGUUUGGUGUAAAUCAACAUUUAUGUCCCCUUUUGUGCCUUGCAUCAUGACACGGUGGCGUUGGAUGAUGAAAAUAUGCAGACCUAAAAAUGAUCCUGACAUAACGGCCGGGUUUUGGUACUUUAGGCUGAACUGGUUGCAGAACUAAGAAUAUUUAGUGUGUCAGAAGCAAUAAUCUGGAGUUUUAUGGGAUGUGUGCAUUAUAUUAAAGAGUUUUUUUUUCACUUGCCUAACGUCAUUCAACAUUCAGUUCUGAAAGAAACUCAUUAAAAGAGGAUUAGUAAUAAUUUCAAGUUUGCAUUAUAAAGGUUUACACUUCCAAAUAAAAGCAUAUUCAAAAGUUA